UGACAAUAUUACGGUACAAAUCAUGCCCUAUAUACAAAUUUUGUGUAGAUUGACUGAUUUGUACCGUAAUCUUACGGUUUUCGCGCGUGUCUCAACAAACCUAAUAAAUCGAAAAUCGAUACAGUUCAGUGGAAUCGAUUUACAAACAUCGGUUGACACGCUCGGCUCGGAGGAUGAACACUGACAGUUGACUCAGGAGUUGUAAAAGCGACAACCCUGCAUUAUUAUUGUCACAUGUCACAUGUAAACAUCUUUUGCGUGCGUUUGACAGAAGUUAAGAUUCAAGAUAAAUUAUAUUUCUUUUUAUAACAGAAAACUUUUGCUACAUUUAAUAUUUAUUUUAAGUAGUCCUAUUGCAAUUGAUAUUAUUUAUAAAAACAUGAGUUCGAAAAGUUGCCAUCACAUUCAUAAUUUUAAGAAAAAAUCCUCUCAAUUAGAUACAUUGAAAUGGAUCCAUGCUGUAUUUGUGGUAUCUGAUAAUCCCAAAAGCCGAAAAGCAAAGAUAUGCAAUAGUUAUUGCAGAACGUGUAGAAAACGAGGACCGAUCCUACAUGCUUGCUUGGAAUGUGUAUAUUUCGGUUGUCAUAAACACAUCAGAGAUCAUGUUAAACAUCAAAAACACAUAUUCUCAAUGGAAAUAACAUAUGGCCAACUACACUGUGCUUCGUGUAAUGAUUACAUUUACGAUACUGAAAUAGAUGAAAUAACUAUGGAAAAUAAAAUGCAGUCGAUUACAUUUAGAAAAAGGUUGUUUGAAUGGACUUCUUGGAAUGCAACUGAAGAGGAGCGCGACUUAUUAAAGCACAAAACUAAAAAGAUAUGUAUUACUCCAGAAUCUACGAUAGGUUUGAGAGGGUUACUGAAUUUAGGAAAAACUUGUUUCGUUAACUGCAUAAUUCAAGCAUUAAUACAUACACCAUUCUUAAGAGAUUAUUUCCUAACAGAAAGGCAUAGUUGUAAUUCAAUAUCUGGAGCUUGUUUGGUGUGCGAAGUAUCUAAAAUAUUUCAGGAAUUCUAUAGGGGUUCUCGAAUUCCUUUAGCUCUACACGAAUUACUCCAUUUAACUUGGAUACAUUCGGCGCAUCUCGCUGGUUAUAAGCAUCAAGACGCACACGAAUUUUUUAUAGCUACUUUAAACGUACUUCAUAAACAUUAUUUAGAUUCUAUGCCAAAAAUUAGCGGUAAUGUGCAGUGCGAAAGCGAAAAAUGCCCGUGUAUUAUUGAUCAGAUUUUCAGCGGAGGUCUUCAAAGUGAUUUAGUUUGUAAGAAGUGCAACCGUGUCUCCACAAAAAUCGAUCCAAUUUGGGACUGUUCGUUAGAUUUGGGUCCCGUUACUCUAGGCGGACGACAACCGUCAUCUCUGUAUGAAUGUUUAGAACGAUUUACGAAAGCCGAACAUUUAGGAUUAAUAUUUUGCUCAAAUUGUCAGUCUGACGAAGAAUUUACCAAACAAUUUACGAUGAAAACGUUACCUGUUGUAGUUAGUUUUCAUUUGAAACGAUUUCAACAUUAUAACGAGAUCGAGAAAAAAAUUUCUACCGUUAUUUCUUUUCCCGAAAUGUUAGAUAUGACGCCGUUUAUGAGUAGGAACGAAGAUCAGUCUCCGUUUCCUAUCGACAAUAGAUAUUCCUUGUUCGCUGUUAUCAUUCAUUUGGGCCCUUCUAUAAAUAUAGGACAUUAUAUAGCGUAUGUGAGACAGCAACACGAUUAUUGGUAUAAAUGCGACGAUGAGGUUAUAACUAGGGCGAAUUUGAAAGAAGUUUUGGCGUCUGAAGGGUAUCUUCUGUUUUAUCACAAACAUGUGCUUGGGUACGAGUAGAAACUAGUCAUAAAAAAGUGAUAUAUUCCGUUCCUCCAACUGUCUGACCUAUUUUUUUUUUAUUAACUUAUUUGGUGGUUUUAGAUUAACAUUCUAAUAAUUUUUUUAUUAGAAAUGAACAAUAAAGUGUUUUUAUAUA